GGGAGUUCUACUUCUCUCUAGAGUGGCUCUGAGUUUACCAGCUCGCGAGCUUCCUUCCUGAAAAUGGCCAGCUGGGGAAGGGUCGCCGCUGUCUUGAGGAAUGUUUUGAGGAGCCCUCGGUCUCCGAGAAGUUUAGCACUGUACCGUGCUGUCGGACCUGGCAUUGUGGGGUCUGUAAUCGGAACUGGGGUUUUCUGUUAUUACCAACACUAUUCUAACAGGACUCUGCCGUUCGCCGUCUAUGCUGAGGUACCAAAAGAAACCGCAGUUCCACAUCUGUCUGCCAGGAAGAUUCGUUUCAACCAGUUUGCCUCCGUGGUGUACGAACAGGAGCCCUACAUGACCCCGAGAGACUUCAUAUUCUCUGUGAUGCUGGAGAAUGUUGACCGAAAGCUGCAGAAGAGAAUUUUAACAACUCAAGAGGUUAACAACAUGUUGGUCACUGCCUCCAAAGCUGGGGCUGGUAAUGAACUGUUCAGAAGCAUAGGAGACGAUGGUUUGAUAUCCUACACAGAGUAUCUGUUUCUACUGAGUAUCCUGACCAAGCCGCUUAUAGGAUUUCAUAUAGCUUUCAAAAUGCUUGAUGUUGACGGCAAUGAGCAUGUGGACCAAAAGGAAUUUCUUAAGCUGAAGAAAAUCAUUGGAAAAAGUAAAAAGAGAGUUCCCAAGGACAGUACAGAGAAACCAGUGGAAGAAGGGGAAAGUGUGAACACAACCCUGCAGGCCUACUUCUUUGGGAAGAGAGGAGAAAACAAGUUGCAGUAUCAGGAGUUCCGCAGGUUCAUGGAAGACCUGCAGGCUGAAGUCCAGGAGAUGGAGUUCUUGCAGUUCUCCAAAGGUAUGGACACCAUGCGAAGAGAAGACUUUGCCGAGUGGCUGCUACACUACACAAACGAAGAAGACAACGAAGUCUACUGGGAAAACAUGAGGAAGAGGAUUCCUGCUGGCCAGAGUAUCACAUUCGAUGAGUUCAAAGCCUUCUGCCUCUUCACAAACAAUCUGGAGGAUUUUGCCUUUUCAAUGAAACUGGUCACUGGAGCUAACCGUCCUGUUGGAAUGGCCCAGUUCAAACGAGCAGUGAGGAUUGCCACGGGCCAUGAUCUGUCUGAGAAUGUGCUGGACACCGUAUUCAAACUGUUUGAUAUGGAUGGAGACAACUGUCUGAGCCAUAAGGAAUUCAUGGGUGUGAUGAAAGACAGAGUACUGCGAGGUCUGAAGGUGCAGCACCAGAACGGCUUCUCUGGCUACUGGAAAUGUGUGAAGCGAGAGACCCUGAAAGGAGCGCAGGAGGCCCUGGCAGACACUGGGUGCCCAAUCUGAACCACCGUGAUGUUCCAGGUCACGUCUGACUCCUACCACUGCUCACCUUGGUGUUGUAGAACCAAAAAGGGGUUUGAACAAGAUUAUUUCUGUAACCACGUCAAGAAACAAAGGAUUUACCACUGUCUUGUGUACAAAUGUUUACUGAUCUAUUGUCUGGUAUUAGCUAAAGAACUGUGGUUCUGGUGUUUACAGUUUUGUUUGGUGCAGUGUUCUGGCUAUUGUGAUAAAUCAAGUCUUGGAUUUUAUAUUUAGAAUGGCUGAUCACUUUUAAAUGAUUUUUGCACUCAGUGUUGAGAAAGCUGCUUAACUGGUUCAGUGGAUAUUGAUGCAUUCUCAAGAGCUUAUACAAUAUCUGCUGUGGGGGUUUUCAUGUUUAUCAAAUAAAGUCUUCAAAAAAUG